CUGCUUAAUCAAUCACUCGCUCACUCAUCAGCAUCAUCUAUCUACUACUCCUAGCUACAAAUAAGGAAGGAGGACGAGGGAGCUCCAUCCAGCGCGGCCACCUUUUGGCCGGAUUCGGAUUCCCCCUCCCGCUCCCCCCCCGCAUCUCAAUAUCUCAUCCAUGGAUUCCGCCGCCGCCCGCCCCGACGAGGAGGAGGCGCGCCGCCGCAGGAACACCGACUGCAUCUACUUCCUCGCCUCCCCGUUGACCUGCAACAAGGGAAGUGAAUGCGACUUCCGUCAUAGCGAUGCUGCCAGGAUGAAUCCCAGGGACUGCUGGUAUUGGUUCAAUGGCAACUGCGCCAAUCCUAAAUGCUCAUUCAGGCACCCGCCCUUGGACAACCUGCUCGGAGCACCAACAACUCCGCGGGCUCCUCAACAGCCUGCGCCCCAAGUUUCUGCUCCAGCUCAAGCCCACGGAUCUGUUCCUGCGAAGCAGGCUGUCCCGUGUUAUUACUUUCAGAAAGGCAUGUGCGCAAAAGGGGACAGGUGUGCCUUCUCGCACGGGCCAGAGUCUGCUGGGAACCCUGCUCCACAGCCUGUGGCGCCUGCCAAGGUCUUCACCCCUGCUUUGCAUCCUAAUCCUCAGUUGAAGAACUCGUGGACAAAACCCAGCCCUUCACCACAACAGAAUACGCCUGCAGGCAUACCGGACAAGUCGAAGCUCAGCGCUCAUGAUGCUAAACCACUUCAGAAGCAACAUGUGACGAGUAGGGUUGAUCACUUGUCAAGAAUUUUUCAGAAUCACAGUAAUUCUUAUGCGCAAUCUGGUUCAACAAAGCAUCACAAACCUCAGCCUCCAGUCCAAGAUGACUUAACUGAGGAUGGUAUGGAGGUGGGCGAAUUUGUGAGGGAACCUUCCGCUGCUUCUGGUGUUCUUGUUGGCGGUGUCAAUGAUGACUCUGAACAUUCAUUCAAGGGAAACCGUAGCAGUUACCACCAUCGUACUAAUGGUACUGGGAUCACGAGGCAAACGCAUGGUGGCUAUGAACCAGAAAGGUCACACAGAGGUUCAGCCGAGAGGUUGUCGUCAGAGAAAAGGAUCUCCCACAGAGAACCUAUGCCUGCUGUGGCUGCCAGUAGUUCGGAUUUGCGCCACAGGCUACUGAAGCAAAGAAAGCUCAAUAAUAAUUCAAGAUCCACUGAGGCCCCUGAUGCGAAUGACGCGUACCUUGAGGGUGAACGUAAUGACCAACAUCGCUGGCGACGUGAAGAGCAUGAUGGCCCCCUCUCCCGAUCUCGAUUGCGUGAUAGAAUAAGACUGCCUGGAGAGACAUCCCUUGACAGACUUGGGUCACGCUCGGAGAAGGAGUGGGAUAGAGGGCCUAGAGGCAGACUGUCACCACCAAAGCACUCGGACCUCCGAGGGAAGCUUCAUGAAAGGCUAAAGGCCAGAUCAGCUGAGGAGAUACCGGGUAAUAGUGCAAAGAGCUUGGUGGUGAAGGCAAGUACUGUUGAGGAUGCUGAAUCAUUGAACUUUGCUGGUCCAAAGAGCCUUGCCGAGUUGAAAGCAAAGAAGGGUGUUGGCAGCUCAUCAGGAGAAGAUGCCAUUGUCAAGGGCAUCAGCUCAUCUCGUAUGACUUCAGGAAUAAUUCCGAGCAGGGAGCCUGCUCCAUUUGAAGGUCCAAAGCCACUAAGUGCCAUUCUGAAGAGAAAAAGAGAGGUGGCUUCUGAAAAUGCUGCUGCCCACUCUGGGAGCAUACAGGAAGACGAUGAUGCUGCAGGAGUGGACGAAGAAUCCCAGAUCUUAGCAAACGACAAGGUUGGGGAGAACAUGGAGGGCAAUAUAGAAGAAGAAGAAGCUGAAGAGGAAGCCUUCCAUCCCGAAGACGAUGUGGCGUACGACGAUGAAGCUGCAGAUCAAGAGCUGGAGGAGCAUCAGAAUGUAGAGGCAGCAGCGGAAGACUAUGACUACGAGGCGGCUGACGCCAACACUGCCGCAGGUCAAGAGCUGGAGGAGCACCAGGAUGUAGAGGCAGCAGCAGAAGACUAUGACUACGAGGCAGCUGACGUCAACGCUGAGGAGGAUAAUGAGUACCAGGAGUACCAAGACGACGACGACGACUUGGAGGAUGAUGAUGACGACUUCGCAAGGAAAGUGGGCGUCAUGAUCUCCUGAGCGAGGCAAGUUGUUUGAGACCCAAGCAGCAAGAAGAGUGUUUGUGGUUCUCCCAGGAUUUUCAUCUCUUUUAUUGCGACAUAUUUUUAAUUCACUUCGCAGAAGACAUCUAAUAUAGUUGGGAGAACAGAUAUAGAAGAAGGGAAGUGAAAAUGAGCUCAUGUAUCGGAGAGCACGCUUGUUGUAUUGUAUCAACCAAACUAAGAAGGAUCAGUGGCCGACCUGUCUGUACUCACCCAAAUGUUGCUACAUUGCCGUGUUGUAUUCCAACUUGUAUUACUAGCUGACACGAGACCUAACAGAUACAUCAUACUCUACUUGUAUUUGUUCUUUGGUGCAGAAGAUGAAAAACCGAUUGCUGGUAGAGCACACAUUACAUUCUA